UGAUUUAAGUCUGUGCAUAGCUUUUACUUCCCAUGUAGAUUUGUUCCAGACGUUCUUGUUCUCACAUUUUAAAAGCAAUUUUACACAUAAAGUUUAAAAGAAAAAAAGCAACAUCAAAUUUCAAAUAUGAAUAGCAAAGAGAACGGUCCUGGCGCUAAUUGCAAUCAAAGUUUCGAUGAUGACAAUUGCAGCAACUAUUCCGGAAAUUCCCAUGUGAGUGCACGACCCGGGCCGGAUAUGCACUCAAGUAUCGAAGGAGAGGAGGAGGAUGAGCAACCGAUACGUGUUCGCGACAUGAUCAAUCUAUAUAAUUAUGCCACACAAAAGAAUCAGGAAUUGGCCCAGGCCAAGUCCAUCUACUUUGGUUCGAACUUGAAGGGCAUCGACAUGGAGGCACCUCAGCAGCAGCAACAGUUGCAACAAGAGCAGGAAUGUUGCAAUGGCAUUUACCUCAAUGUUCCAGUCAACGAUAGUCAACAACCCGGUGGCAGCCAUGUAUACAAGAGUAAACCGGGCAAUUUUCACUUAACCACAUCAGAUGAUCAAACAUCAAUGCAACAAUCGCUGCAGGGAGACGGUGCGGGCGGUGAAUCGAUUGAGAAAUCAUAUCAAAGCAAGACCACCAUAAGGCGCACCGAACAAGGCGUACGCAUUAUUAUCGACAUCUUUUUCGACAAACAAGAGCAUGACAUUGAUAUCAUCGGCAGCCGCGUGGAGACAGACAUACCAGAGAGUCGCAUUCUGGCCGAGUUCCAGCAACACUCGUUGGCAAUGCGCUCACAGCAAUUGAAAUCGAACCAAUCACCGAAUGUUUAAAUGUUAAAUGGUGUUUCGUAUUUUCUAUUUUGUUUCGUUUUAUCUUUUCUUUCCUGCUUUUGUAGAACGCCGCAAAAUUUCAUGUUACGUAUACGCAACGAUGGACUUUUGUUUGUUUGAACAACAUAAAGAUACGCGUUCAUCAUUGAAUUUUAAA